AUGUCAAUUGCGAUAUAUAACCCGGUUUGUGGGAAUGGCACUUCAAAGAGUUUCUUAGAAGAAGAGGUUAUACCCCUCCUCGACCGGGCACAUAAACCGACUCCCAAAAUCAUUGCGACAGAGCGUCCAGGACAUGCUGGGGAGGUUGUGAAAGAGGCUCUAGAGACGACGGAGGGGGAAGUUGUCGUGAUUUUGGGCUCGGGCGAUGGGACCUUUCACGAAAUUAUCAACUUCUUGUCAAGUUCAGAAUUGAAGGGGCGCAGAGCUGGCGCUACACUUUCUAAGCUCUAUUUCGCCCUUGUACCUUGCGGAACGGCGAAUGCCUUGUUUUCAUCUUUCUUUCCACCCCUUACGCCAGAGUCCUCGAACGAAACCACAUAUAAAUUGCAAUCCGUGCAGUCUUUUAUCGAUGCAAAGAGCGCUAUUCCUCUGACCCUGGCCAUAUCUACUUUGUCCUCGUCGCCAGAGAAGCAUGCACAUCCAAAAGCUGUCGUUUCUGCGGUGGUUGUAUCGACAUGCUUACACGCAGCCAUCCUGAACGAUUCCGAAUCUCUUCGUCAAGAAAUCCCCGGGAUUGAACGAUUCAAAGUGGCUGCUCACAAUAAUAUUGCAAAGUGGUACAGUGGGCAUGCAAAACUACUUCCGGCUGCGAAAGUGGGUGUGGUUGAGGUCUAUGAUCCACUGAUGAAGUCAUUCGAACCGUACUCAGAUGGCGAGGACGAUGUCGUGGAUGUCUAUGGUCCCUUCGCUUACUUCCUCUCGACUGUCAAUGUCGAUCGUUUGGAGCCAUCGUUCCGCAUCACACCCCUUGUUAAGGAUAUUACACCUGUCGAGGCUACGUGCGACCUGGUGAUGAUUCGUCCUCUCCGUGAUCCCUCUUUAUCUUGGGACAGUUCGGAAACAAGGCAGGCAUUCAAACCCAAGUUGAUGAAGGCUUUACAAGAAGCAUACAAUAAUGGAAACCACGUUAAUUUGACCUACAACGACAAAGGGGAGAUCGUCGAUAGAGGAGACGGUCCCCCUGUCGUGGAAUAUAUAAGGUGUGGUGGGUGGGAGUGGGUGCCUGACGAUGUUGACGGAUCUGCUCAUCUUCUUUGUUCUGAUGGAUUUAUGUCGACCAUUGAGAAGGGCGGUCGAGCAGUAUGCACGGCGGCCACCCCGAAGGAAGAUGCUGGUUUUAUGGUUUAUGCCUAA